UCCUCGAGAUAAAAGCUGAGGUAUAAAACCUGGACAGGGGUCAGAUCAAGCAAAGAAAAAACAUGAGGUUCUUCUUGCUUAUGGCUGUCAUCUACACCACACUUGCACUUGCUCCUGUCCACUUUGACAGGGAGAAGGUAUUCCGUGUGAAACUCCAGAAUGGAAAGCAAGUCAGUAUCUUGAAGGACUUGACCCAAACCAUUGAGCUUGACUUCUGGUAUCCAGAUGCUAUCCAUGAUAUUGCUGUUAAUAUGACUGUGGAUUUCCGAGUUGGUGAGAAGGAAUCUCAGACUAUCCAGUCUACCUUGGAACAACAUAAAAUCCAUUAUGAAAUUCUGAUCCAUGACCUACAGGAAGAGAUAGAGAAACAGUUUGAUGUGAAAGAUGAAAUUGCAGGCAGGCACAGUUAUGCAAAAUACAAUGACUGGGACAAGAUUGUUUCUUGGACUGAAAAAAUGUUAGAAAAACAUCCUGAAAUGGUUUCAAGGAUUAAAAUUGGAUCAACUGUUGAAGAUAAUCCAUUAUAUGUCCUCAAGAUUGGGAAAAAAGAUGGAGAAAGAAAGGCUAUCUUUAUGGACUGUGGCAUUCAUGCACGUGAAUGGGUUUCCCCAGCUUUCUGUCAGUGGUUUGUCUAUCAGGCAACCAAGAGUUAUGGAAAAAAUAAAAUCAUGACCAAACUUUUGGACCGGAUGAAUUUUUACGUUCUGCCUGUAUUCAAUGUAGACGGAUACAUUUGGUCAUGGACACAGGAUCGAAUGUGGAGAAAAAACCGUUCCAAGAACCAAAACUCCACCUGCAUUGGCACUGACCUCAACAGGAACUUUGAUGUCUCAUGGGACUCUUCUCCAAACACCGACAACCCAUGCCACGAUGUCUACAGGGGACCUGCACCAGAGUCUGAGAAAGAGACAAAAGCUGUCACUAACUUCAUUCGAAGCCAUCUGAACACAAUCAAGGCUUAUAUCACUUUCCAUUCCUACUCUCAGAUGCUAUUAGUUCCUUAUGGCUACACAUUGAAACUGCCUCCUACCCACCAGGACCUGCUGAAGGUUGCAAGGAUUGCCACGGAUGCUCUCUCAACUAGAUACGAAACCCGUUACAUCUACGGCCCAAUAGCAUCCACAAUUUACAAGACAUCAGGUUCUUCCUUAGACUGGGUUUAUGACCUGGGCAUCAAACACACAUUUGCCUUUGAGCUUCGUGAUAAAGGAAAAUCUGGUUUCCUUCUUCCAGAAUCCCGGAUAAAGCCAACAUGUAAAGAAACCAUGCUUUCUGUCAAAUUCAUUGCCAAGUAUAUCCUCAAGAAUACUUCCUAAUGAACUGCCCUUGUUCUGAAAUGUGCUAAUCAAUCCUUGGGUAGAGUCUUUCCCUGGAAAGACAACCUCCUGCAUCACCUGGAUUCAUCCUUCUCUUGCUCAUGAAGUCCUGCAUUAUUUUCUUUUUGUUUCUAUUUACUCCCAACAGCCCCACAACAAUAAAGCUUUAAGUAAA